AUGUUACAAUCAGCUCAUCAAAAAAAUGACAACGAACGACGAUUACCAGAAAACUGUCGUGAUCGUUAUGUGAUCAGACGAUUAGCCAAAUCAUCUGAUGGUAUAACGAAAACAGAUUUGGAACUGUUACGGAAGACAUUUAUGGAACGAUUUAAUAAUUGCAAGGAACAUUCAGAAAGAAUUUAUGAAUUGAAAAGUGCAAUUUAUGCUAUAAAUGAAAUUCAAAUUUGCUCACAUGACCUUCAGUGGUUAACUCAAUAUCAAUAUAUUUUAAACUGGUGUUAUUGUCAAAUGAGAUUUAUCAGCAAUCCUGCAGAAAGACUUCGAUUAUUUCUUGAAGUUAAGGAGAAAUAUCGGAAGAUAUUCGAAAUCUUAAGAGAUGUAGAUGAUGUCAGUAAGCUGUCUUCAUAUCUUCAUUGGUCACAAUUGUGUUAUCAGUACGCAGAACUUGUUGAUCGAGAAUCGUUAUCAUGGUGUAUCGAAGCUGUUAUCAAUGCUAAAAAUGCAUUAUUUGUACCAUCAUCACGAUCAUCAACGCUAUCCGGAAAAACGGAUAGUAACGGAUCACAUCAAUCAUCAUCCAGUAACAGUGUAAAUGGUAAUGAACAAAUGGAAAGUAUAGGAUUAGAGAAUCAACGACGACGAGUUAAAAUAGCAACUGUUGGAUUAAUUCAAAGUAAUGUAUUAAAAGCUGAAAAUGUAUAUGCGUGCUCUUUAAAAAGACGAUUAAAGAUAAUUUUGUAA